AUCUUUCAUUCUCUUUUUCUCUGUCUUGUUGUUGCACAGAGAAGAGAGAGAAAGAGAAAAACAGAGAGACAACGAAGAAAAGAACCUGUUCUGUUCUGUUCUUCCCCGGAACAGAGUUUGGUUUUUUCGGUGUUUGGUUUCUCUCUCUUUCCAUCUUCUUCUAUUUUCUCGUUUUAAAUUUUCCUGGGAAAAUAAGGGAGACAAUUGGGGGAAGAAAAUUUUGAGAAAAAGGGGAAUACCCAGAUAAUUAAUUUGGUGAAAUUUGCGAUUUUGAUUAGUGGGUUGUUUUUGUUUUAGCGGUUUGGUGAGAGUUGAUGGAGUUGGAUAGCAUUGAGUGUGUGUCAUCUUCUGAUGGUAUGGAUGAAGAUGAGAUCCAUUCACAUCAUCAUCAUCACUCUGAAUUUUCUUCCACAAAGGCUAGAAAUGGAGGUGCAAAUAUCAAUAAUAUUUUGGGUCCUACCGCCAUUGCUCCUGCAACUAGUGUUCAUGAAUUGCUUGAAUGUCCUGUUUGUACUAAUUCAAUGUACCCUCCUAUUCACCAGUGUCACAAUGGCCACACACUAUGUUCCACAUGCAAAACACGAGUGCAUAACCGAUGUCCGACUUGUAGACAAGAGCUUGGAGAUAUCAGGUGUCUAGCACUGGAGAAGGUGGCUGAAUCACUUGAGUUACCGUGCAAGUACUACUCCCUCGGAUGUCCAGAAAUAUUUCCAUACUACAGCAAGCUUAAGCAUGAGACAGAAUGUAAUUUUAGACCUUAUAGUUGUCCUUAUGCUGGAUCAGAGUGUUCCACAGUUGGAGAUAUUUCCUUCCUCGUUGCUCAUUUGAGGGAUGAUCAUAAGGUGGACAUGCACACCGGAUGCACAUUCAACCAUCGUUAUGUGAAGUCAAAUCCCCGUGAAGUAGAGAAUGCAACCUGGAUGCUCACAGUAUUUCAUUGUUUUGGCCAAUAUUUCUGCCUUCAUUUCGAAGCUUUUCAGCUUGGCAUGGCCCCUGUUUACAUGGCAUUCCUUCGGUUUAUGGGCGACGAAAAUGAUGCCCGGAACUACAGCUAUAGCCUGGAAGUUGGGGCCAAUGGCAGGAAACUAAUUUGGGAAGGUACACCACGAAGUGUUCGAGAUAGCCACCGUAAAGUUCGGGAUAGCCAUGAUGGUCUCAUCAUUCAAAGAAAUAUGGCACUAUUUUUCUCUGGUGGGGAUAGGAAGGAGUUGAAACUUAGAGUCACCGGAAGAAUAUGGAAGGAACAGAAUCAAGAUGCUGCAGUGUGCAUACCUAAUCUAUGUAGCUGACAUGUUAUUUGCGGAUCAUUUUUUAUUGUUUGUGUAUUUGAUGGACUCUUUUAAGUUUAAUUACACCAACUUUGUGCUUGUUGUAAUAGAUUAACGCACUAAAUGGCAUUUUAUUUUUCAGUUUUCUUGAGCUGUUUAAUAAACAAAAUUCUUCUUUCAAAACA